UCCCAGAAUCCCUUUCGUUCCGCGCGCAGACUCUCAGAGGGUGGACGAAGCAGAGAGGAGACGGUAGAAAUGAGUUGUAGAGGAGAAAUAUGACAUUUACAAGUGUCAUUUUCUUCCUCUUUAUCCCGGUUACCAGGUUAGAUAUUUUCUGAACUUGGACCGACCACCUCCGUGGGACAUUCGGGCAGGAAAAAGCCCCGGAAAGGCGCUUCCUUCGGACCGGAGCCGUCGACACUUUGAUAACCGCUAGAAUGCCGCGGGACAACAAAACCCCCCUAAUCCAGAAAAUAGCGAAGCAGGCCAACGUGGCCUUCAAAGGGAUGAAGACUUCGGCCAACGGGGAUAACAAGGUGGUGGCGGAUAAACUGAUCUCCCUGGUGACCGCCGUCAGGGCCGCGGACCUGAAGAUCGCUCCCCGCAGAGGCAAAGGCGGCUCCGGGGCGGCGGGGCUCCAGAGCCCCCCGGUCACGUACAUGCACAUCUGUGAGACGGAGGUGUUCAGCAUGGGGGUGUUCCUGCUGCGGCCCGGCGCCUCCAUCCCGCUGCACGACCACCCGGGCAUGAACGGGAUGCUGAAGGUUCUGUACGGAAAGGUGAAUGUCCGAUGUUUUGACAAGCUUGAGGGUGGCUCCACCAAGACCGGCGCGUCUCCUCCCUUCGAGCCUCCUCUGGAGCCGCUGCAGAGGGCCUCCGUGUGGCGCUCCGUGCUCCGCUCCGUCGCCCAGUACUCCGAGGAGAGCGGGCCGUGUCUCCUCACUCCUGUUCGGGACAACCUCCACCAGAUCGACGCCGUGGAGGGGCCUGCUGCUUUCCUGGAUAUCCUGGCCCCUCCCUACAAUCCAGACGACGGGAGGGACUGUCACUAUUACAAACUGCUGCAGACGGCAGCGGAAGAAGGAACUGUGGCGAAGGGAGGCCAGAAGGAGAAGGACGAGGAGGUGUGGCUGCUAGAAAUCCCUCAGCCAGAGGACUUCUGGUGUGGCGGGGAGCCUUACCCCGGCCCAGCCGUGGUGAUCUGAGGGGUGAGCCCUCUGUCCAUUCACGUGGAGAAACGCAGGUCACCUGGAAUCCAAACGGACCCAAAGCCUCGCUUGAAGGUUCUACUUCAGGCCCGGUUGCAUCCACUUCCCAGACUGCAUCCGACAGUUGUGCUGCCUUGUACACAAUGAAUGUUUUCUGCCAAAUGGUGUGUGAGUGACGUUCAGCUCCUCUGCUGGGCCUCAUCGCCGCUGCAGAGAUCCUCCACAUCGUCACGUGUCUUAAUGCCAAAGCCUGUAACUGAACUCCAGCUGCCUUAUGUGCCAAUGUUUGUCUACGUAUCCAGAAGAAGAUUUUUUAUUAUUAUUGACGUUCACACUACAGUAAACACAUAUAUGCACAUACUUUAUCGUCUCGUAACGCCUUUGUCUUAACCUACACUACAGUAUUAUCUUAAUAAAGCCGACACUUUGAUAUUUGUGUCGUACGUCUGAUCCGGAGGUUCCAUUUGAACUUUGACACAUUUCCAUCACAAACAGCUGUGUCUUCUAAGCAGUUUUUGAAAGUCAGGGAGCUGCCCGCUAUUUGAAGGCCAAACUCAAGAUGGCAGCUUCAUAACAGGAAGUAAGAGCGGAUUUUACUGUUCGGCUGAUCCUCGUCUCUUACAUCUUAUAGAGGAUGUUUCUUCUGGCUUCAGUAACUGGAACUCAUGUAACUGAGUGAUUUUCAGUGCAGAUCACAGCUUCUAAACUCCACUCAGAAGAUCCUGUUGAAGCCUCAUCCCAAACCAAAAUGUCUUUGAGACGUUUCUUCAUCACUGUUCCUGUCAAGUCACUGUAUGUUAUCUGAGACUCUUCUUUGCUCUGUCAUAUGUUACACUGCACAAAGUUCUUUGUCAAAAGCAUAUUAUUUGGAUGUUUCUAUGUGGAACAAUAAAACAGAAGAGUGAAGACCA